AUGCUGACACAAGUUGAGCAGGAGAUUCGACGCAAGAUCGAGAGAGAGCUUAACAUCAUACAAGGAGCCUCGCAGCUGAAGAAAAAAACAGACAAUGUUAUGGUGAUACAGAAAUGUAACACCAAUAUUCGGGAGGCUCAGCAAAACAUUCAGUAUCUGGAAGAAACACUCAAGAAGCUUCAAAUCAGCAGUGAUCAAGUUGAAAGGAACCCCUCACAGCAGCGUGCCAGCCAAGUCUACGGCCAACUGUCUACGAUUGCGCCAGAUGAACAUUCAUUCUCCCGGCUGGAUUUAAUGAAGUACGACUGCCCUUCGCUCUCACAACGUAUACAGUACAUGUUACAACAGCUCGAAUUCAAACUACAAGUUGAGCAACAGUACCAAGAGGCCAACGAGAAACUCACGAAGUUGUAUCAAAUUGAUGGCGACCAGCGCAGCAGUUCAGCCGCAGAGGGUGGGUCAAGAGAAUCGAAACAAAGGAUCAACUUGCUAAAGAAGUCUUUGAAAAAAUAUCAGGCAAUCAAUGUUGACCUAGAUCAGUUUAGACACCAGGGCGAGUCUUCGCAUGCAACUCAGCCCAAGUUUAGACGAAAGCAACUGACUGGCGUACUCAGCAUUGGCGUCACUGCCAUUCGAGACGUGGAUCAUGUGCAAUCACCCUUAUUCUCUCGAAAGCCUGACACCUUUAUUACCAUCAAAAUUGACGACACCGUUAAAGCCAAGACCAAACCUUCUCGCAACGGUAGGUGGCACGAAAGCUUCAACAUAAACGUCGGGAAAGGCAAUGAAGUUGAACUUACAGUCUACGAUAGAGUCAACGACCAAACAGUUCCUGUUGCUCAAAUGUGGCUCUUGCUUUCUGACAUUGCGGAGGAGAUUCGUAAGAAAAAAGCAGAGCAAUCAGCUCCGAUAGAUUGGAAUCCUGCUGCUGGAGUAACAAGCUCCUCAGAACAUAGCACAAAACAAGCUAAUGCAGGGGCUGAAAAUGCAGACAGGCGCUUGGGGGCUACUUCCGAAGAUAUUGCCAGCCCUAGUCAGGAAGCGGCUUUGUCGCAGCCCGUUACUACAAGCCUAUGGUUUGUGCUAGAGCCUGCUGGACAAAUUCUAUUGAAUCUCGGCUUUAGCAAGUCCUCUGCGCCCACUGAUAAACAUCUCAUCGGAGGAUUGCAUCGUCAUGGCGCGAUAAUCAACAGAAAAGAAGAGGUUUACGAGCAGCAUGGCCAUCACUUUGUUCAAAAGUCUUUCUACAAUAUUAUGUGCUGUGCUUACUGUGGCGAUUUUCUUCGGUAUAGUGGCUUCCAAUGCCAAGACUGUAAGUUCCUUUGUCACAAGAAAUGUUACAACCACGUUGUUACGAAGUGCAUUGCAAAAUCUAGCAGUGACACCGAUCCGGAUGAAGCUAAACUCAACCACAGAAUUCCACAUAGGUUUGAGCCGAUUUCUAACCGGGGUACAAAGUGGUGUUGCCACUGCGGGUACAUUUUGCCAUGGGGCAAAAAGAAUUUACGAAAGUGCUCGGAGUGUGGCAUCAUGUGUCAUGUUCAGUGUGCCCAUCUUGUGCCAGACUUCUGCGGCAUGUCCAUGGGUAUGGCCAAUAAAAUCUUGACUGCAAUCCAAGAUACAAAAAGGUCACAGGAACAGAGACAAAAGCUGCAGGUCUCACCUCCAAAACACCAAUACCCAGGUGCUGAGUUAUCGAAGAAGACAAGCAGGGUUUCCGAACGAAGCUUUGAAACAAAGCAACUGCCAGUAUCGCCAACACAGAAGAAUCUUUCGGACGUACGCUUGGGACGUAUUGAUGUAGCGGCAGAAGACCAAAGAAGUGAUAAACAAAGAUUUACGGAAACUGCUCAAAAGACCAAGAUCAAACCAACAGCUUCUGAGACAGAAAGAAAUGGAGUUAUCAAUGAGCGCCUCAAUAACUUCAUUGAAGAAAACGCCGACUACGAGGCAUUUACACAGGGUGCAGGCAGUCUUCAAUUACAGGAUCUUGACACUAAGACGCGUUCUUUGGAUCCUUCGCUUGCUUCAGGGCUCGCUUCAGAUAAGCCAGAUCUGUCUACACAAGAGAAUGAUUUGAGCCGUGAUAAUGAAACAAGUAUUUUGCUUGAACAACAACGCGAUGCGCAGCUUGAAAGAGCAAGAGAUCACCAAGGAUUCACUGAAUUUGAUGAUUCAUACGAUGAUGCAAUGGUGCCAUUAGAAACCAAGCGUUCUUCCUUUAACAACACCAUGAGCACUCAAGUUGACCCUGGCGCACAGCUACCUCAAAAAUGGCAAAUUACCCCAGAGCCUGAAGAAAUCCCACAAAAGACAGAAGAACAUACUACGAAGGCUUACAAAGAGCAACGCCACCAAGAUUUAAGCGAUGCAAAGCUUGUUCAAAUCACGCCCCAGCAAAGUGCAGACGCACUUACAAAAUCUCAGCAAUCCUCACCAGAGGCCCCACAAACGGGCGGGAGACAUAAAAGGAAAGCGCCAAAACGUCGUAAGAUCUCUCUGGAUGACUUCGUUCUAUUGAAGGUACUAGGGAAAGGGAAUUUCGGGAAAGUGCUUUUGGCUGAAUCUAAAAAUAACGAACGGUUGUGUGCUAUCAAAGUUCUUAAGAAGGAUCACAUAAUCAAAAACCAUGAUAUUGAAAGCGCAAGAGCUGAAAAGAAGGUGUUUUUGUUGGCCACCAAGGCCAAACAUCCAUUCUUGACAAAUCUUUACUGCUCUUUCCAGACAGAGAACCGCAUUUAUUUUGCCAUGGAAUUUAUUGGAGGUGGAGAUCUAAUGUGGCACGUUCAAAACCAAAGGCUCUCGGUUAGGAGAGCCAAAUUUUAUGCCGCCGAAGUCUUACUGGCACUCAAGUACUUUCACGACAAUGGUGUAAUUUAUCGAGACUUGAAGCUUGAAAACAUUCUUCUAACGCCUGAGGGCCAUAUCAAGAUCGCAGAUUAUGGGUUAUGCAAGGAUGAAAUGUGGUUCGGCAACAAAACAUCUACGUUUUGCGGCACGCCCGAGUUCAUGGCACCCGAAAUCCUCAAAGAGCAGGAAUACACGAAGGCUGUGGAUUGGUGGGCUUUCGGUGUUUUGCUUUAUCAAAUGCUUCUUUGCCAGUCUCCGUUCUCUGGAGAUGACGAGGACGAAGUAUUCAAUGCCAUUCUGACAGAUGAGCCUUUGUAUCCUAUCGACAUGGCUGGUGAUAUUGUACAAAUCUUUCAAGGCCUUUUGACAAAGGACCCCGAGAGGCGUUUGGGGGCUGGUCCUCGUGACGCAGCUGAGGUCAUGGCCGAGCCCUUUUUCAGGAACAUAAACUUUGACGAUAUACUCCAUAAGCGAGUCCAGCCACCAUACAUCCCAGAGAUCAAGGCUGCUGACGAUACUUCCUACUUCGAGAAGGAAUUUACUUCCGCUCCACCUACUUUGACUCCUUUACCGUCGGUCUUGAGCUCAAGUUUGCAAGAAGAAUUCCGCGGCUUUUCGUUUAUGCCAGAUGACCUGCUGCUAUGA